AUGAGAGUUGGAGGCAGACUUGAACAAUCUUCAUUAGAAUAUGAUUCAAAGCAUCCUUAUAUCCUUCCGAAGAAUUCUAAGUUCUCAAAACUAGUGAUAGAUGAUGCUCAUCUCAGGACUCUGCAUAGUGGCACCCGUUGUACACUUGCAACCGUUCGUCAGAAGUUCUGGGUUGUUGGAGGUAGACCUAUCGUCAAACGAGAACUGUUAAAGUGUGUUACUUGUGCUCGUUAUCGCUCUCAAAGAGCUCAACAAUUAAUGGGGCAGCUUCCUCCUACAAGAACAUCACCAUCACGUCCCUUUUUGCACUCUGGUGUAGAUUACGCAGGCCCUUUUGUAAUCAAAACAUGGCAUGGAAAGAGAGCAAAAACCUACAAAGGUUAUAUUGCGGUGUUCAUCUGCUCGGCGACCUCAGCUAUUCAUCUAGAGUUGGUUUCCAACUACUCAGCAGAAGCCUUCAUAGCGGCUUACAAACGAUUCACCAGCCGUCGAGGCAUCUGUGCUACUUUAACGAGUGACUGCGGGACAACAUUUGUAGGAGCUGACAAAGAACUGAAAAGAUUGUUUUCCUCGUCUUCAGCAGAAUCAGGUCAACUCAAAUCCCUGCUUGCUAAUGAUGGAACUGAAUGGAAAUUCAACCCUCCUGCUGCUCCACAUUUUGGAGGUCAUUGGGAAGCUGGUGUUAAAUCAGUUAAAUACCAUCUCAAAAGAGUUAUGAAGACCCACCUACUAACUUACGAAGAAUUUUCGACAGUGCUGGUACAAAUAGCUGGUGUUAAAUCAGUUAAAUACCAUCUCAAAAGAGUUAUGAAGACCCACCUACUAACUUACGAAGAAUUUUCGACAGUGCUGGUACAAAUAGAAGCUGUACUCAAUUCUCGCCCUCUCUGCCAGCUUACAGAAGAUCCAGACGAUCUAGCAAUCCUAACCCCUGCGCACUUUUUAGUUGGCGAAUCUUUAACUACUAUCCCAGAACCUAAUCAAGAAAACCAACCCACAUCAAGACUUACUCGGUGGAAAUUAACUCGCCAAAUGUUGGAAUCAUUUUGGAAGAAGUGGUCUCGGGAGUACCUUCAACAACUUCAAGCAAUAUACAAAUGGAGAUUUCCUUCCUGUUCAAUAAAACUCGGAUCAGUUGUUCUUGUUGUUGAUGAGCAAUUACCACCAUCAAAGUGGCCGCUAGCAAGAGUGACUGAACUUCAUCCAGGUCGUGAUGGACUUACCCGAGUAGCCACUCUGAGAACAUCAAGUACCUCAUUGAAAAUACCAAUAGUCAAGCUUUGUCCUCUUCCAAUUGAAGUCAGUGAUUAA